AUGGACGGCGCGCAGCCCUCCGGCAACCGACCCUGGACCAGGGAAGAUGUGGUCCAUCUCUUCCACAUGGCCUAUGAGCGCAAGACGGUCGAUGCCAAGGAAGCAGCGGCCCAGCUGGAUCGCACACCGAAAUCGUGCAACUUAAAGCUGGCUGCCCUCCACAAGGUCGUAGACGAGCUGAUCGGCAGCUGGGCCAGAGGCAGCGUCGGCGCCAAACCAGGCGAGGAUAAAGCGGUCAAAGCGAGCGCUCCAAGCAGGUCGAGGAAGAGGGUCAGGGCGAUCAAGAACGACGAAGAGGCUGAGGCUGAGCCGCACCCUACGAAGGACAAGACGGCGCUCGAGUGA